UUGGGCUCAUGAGAUGUUGAAAUUGCCGCAGGAUGCCCAGAGAGCGAGGGGUUUGCGGAAUUCCAUGGCCUUGGAGAGGAUGGUGGAGCCAACCACAAGACCUGGACAUGGUACAUCAAAAGUCUGGUCAAUGGAUCCUUGGUGCUAUAGGUGGCAGUCCCAAAGAGGGCCGCUACAGCUUCAAGGUCUUGGACCGCAGCUCGGGGACUGGUCUGGUGUUGGAUGGUGGUGAGCGUGGUGAGGAGGUGGGGAAGUUCAUUUGCCGAGAAAUCAGCACCGAAGCCAUUCCCUGGAGCUUCAGCGCGGACCUACGUCAAAUCAAGAUCGAAAAGUCCGAGGUCAUGAAGGAAAUGCAGAAAUCCAGCAAUGAGGGCACAUACUUCGUGCUGCCGUGCCAACUCAAUGGUGUCGAUUCUCCAAGUCCCGACCGAAUCCUCACGUGCCUCGAGGAAUGCAAGUCUGAUGAGGAGCUCUUCCAGCGACGUGGGGUUCGGGGAAGUCUGGCCGUGCAUCCUGCGCUGGCGCAGUUCCUGCUGGACAAUGGUGCUGGCUCAUGUGGUCUUAGUGCCAUAGGGAAGGACUGCAAGUCGCUGCAACUUUCAAGUUCAUUAUAGCAAUCGUAGACGUCCCGGACAGGUCAUAGACGUCCCUUUUCAUGUGGAUGCAGAUGUGUUAAGACAUUUUCAAAUUGCUGAAAAAUGUUCAUAUAUGUUCACAAACCCCUUAGUUGCUCUCAAAGAGUGGUGUUACUCCCUCUCCGAGUCUCCGACCCACCAGGUCCUGGACUCCAUCAGUUCGGACAAUGUCGCCUUUCGGA